CAUGUAUCACUCCCGGGCUGCUUUAUUCAAAGUUCUUGUUAGGGUUCAUGAUGUCUAUGAGCACAUCAUCCCUCAUGUCCAACCAGAAGAACUCGCCACCUAUGAACAAUCGAAGGCUGCCGAUCUCUCUCUCUGGAAUCGUCUUGAUGCUGCAGUUUUACAAUGGAUAUAUGGGACUAUAUCCAACAACCUUCUUCUUGCUAUCCUUUUGAAAGACGACACCGCUCAUGCAGCUUGGGCUCGUCUUGAAUCCUUGUUCCAAGACAAUAAAGUUUCCCGGGCAACCCACCUUGAAGAGGAAUUGUCUGAUCUCAAUUUUGAGAAUUUCUCGUCAAUUGAUAGCUACUGCAACCACAUCAAAACCCUGGCUGAUCGUCUUGAAGAUGUUGACGCUCCUAUCCCGAACAGUCGCCUUGUUCUUAAACUCACUGGUGGUCUCCCUGAAGCAUACUCUGGCACCGUUGAUUUCAUCCAAAACAGGACCCGAUUCCAUCAUUUGAGAGUUGUCGCUCUCGCCUGAAGCUUGCUGAGCGCACCAUUAAAAUUCGUCUGGCAAAGGAGAAUGGCUCUAGUAGUCGUGCGCAGACGGCUCUUGUUGCCUCCCCUGGCGGACAGCAACACCACACAGCCAAAAACUCUGGGUCCUCUCGUUUUCAUUCCAGAAACAAUAAGCCGAAGAAAACAGGUUCUAAACCUGGUAACGGGAAACCAUUUGGCAAUAUGAACCAACAGCCCACUUCCUUUCCUACUGGGCAGACUUGGCAGCAGCAACCAUGGGCUUCUUGGGCUCCCCGGUUCUCUCACUGGCCUGUUCCUACACCAUGCCCAAUCCCGCCACUUCUUGGGCUCCUCGAGCUGCUGCUCUGCAUCUGGGUCUGCGAUCUGCUGCACCGGGUAUUCUUGGCCCUCGGCCUCCUCAAGCCUACAAUGCUAUGGGUUCAUCUGUCAGUUAUACUCCUACAGACAUUGAAGCAGCCAUGCAUGCUCUUUCCUUCACUCAACCUGACGGGAAUUACUACAUGGAUACUGGUGCAACUUCACAUAUGACUGCGGAUCAAGGUGCUCUUUCCUCUUAUUUCAAUUCGGGUAUUAAACAUCAUAACAUUGUUGUUGGCAGUGGUGAUUUAAUUCCAAUUGUUGGUUACGGUAGUACUACUUUACCCUCUCCAUUCCCCCCAUUUACCUUAAACAAUGUCUUACAUGCUCCCAAGUUGAUUAAAAAUCUGAUUUCUGUCCGGAAAUUCACAACCGAUAAUAUGGUUUCUAUUACAUUUGAUCCUUACGGAUUUUCUGUUCAUGAUUUACAGACGGGAACCAUACUCCUGAGAUGUGAUAGUACCGGUGACUUAUACCCUUUAUUCGCCAACACUCCAGUCAACUCAUCCGUCCCUCAUUCUGCACUCACUGCCAUAUCUCCCGAUCUUUGGCACAUCCGCUUAGAACAUCCUGGCGCUGCUGUUCUUAGAUCUCUUAGGCAUUCAAAUUUAAUUGAUUGUAAUAAAAGUCAUAUGACAUAUUGUUCCUCUUGUCAUCUUGGCAAACAUUCCAAAAUGCCUUUUUAUAAUUCUAUGUCAUAUACUGUUCUUCCCUUUGAUAUCAUUCAUAGUGACUUAUGGACAUCUCCUAUUAUUAGUUCGGCUGGCCAUAGUUAUUAUGUGUUGUUUCUUGAUGAUUAUAGCAAAUUCCUAUGGACUUUCCCUAUCUCAAAGAAAUCCCAAGUUCAGCACUUAUUCAAAUCUUUUUAUUCUCUUAUCUCUACUCAAUUUGAACGUAAUAUUAAGACGUUUCAAUGUGACAAUGGCACCGAAUAUAUUAAUACCACCUUUAAAGAAUUCUUUGAUAACCAUGGCAUGUUAUUCCGUCUUUCUUGUCCUCAUUCUUCUCCCCAAAACGGAAAAGUCGAACGCCACAUAAAAUCAAUCAAUAACAUCAUUAGGACUUUACUUGCUCAUGCCUCCCUGCCCCUCUCCUUCUGACAUCAUGCUUUACAAAUAGCUACAUAUCUUCUAAACAUUCUACCCACCAAAGUCCUAGGAUUUCAGUCACCCACUCAAAUCCUCUAUCAAUGUGAUCCCAUAUAUUCAGAUUUACAUGUUUUUGGUUGCUUAUGCUUUCCCUUCUUUCCAUCCACUUCCAUAAACAAAUUACAAGCACGCUCCACUCCUUGUGUGUAUCUUGGUCCUGCUAAGAAUCACCGUGGUUUUAAAUGUUACAACAUGUCAACCGGGAAAAUCAUUAUUUGUUGUCAUGUGAAGUUUAUUGAAACCGAAUUCCUAUUUUCUAAACUUCAUAAACCACAACAACAUGAUUAUGACCCUCUGGAUGUGAACUCACUUUCCCACCAUUUCCAUUACAGUACUUCCCCCUCAGUUGGUCGAGAGGAGCCCGACUCUAAUGGGCCAUCCCCUGCCCCAUCUUCUGCCCCGUCCAGUAGCAUUGUUCAGUCCAGUCCACCCCCAGAUUCUGCCCCGUCCAGCAGCCCUGACCAUCCUCGUCCAGUCUCUUCUCAGCCUACACCUUCCAUCAUUCCUAGCCCAGAAAAUUCCCAAACUACCCAACCUAUUCCUAUUUCCCAUCCAAUGACCACUAGAGCCAAACAUGGCAUCUACAAACCAAAUCCCAGAUAUUUCCACAAUCUACACACCACUUCCAUCUCCCACAUAUCUCCUAUACCCAUGACCCUGUAAGUGCUAUUCGUGACCCCAAUUGGAAAAAUGCAAUGUUAGAUGAAUUUAAUGCUUUAAUUGAUAAUAAUACAUGGGAAUUGGUACCUCGGCCCAAGGAUGUGAAUGUUAUUAGAUCUAUGUGGAUUUUUCGGCAUAAACGACAUUCUGAUGGUUCGUUUGAGCGAUAUAAAGCUCGUCUUGUAGGUAAUGGGAAUACUCAACAGUAGGGUAUUGAUUGAGAUGAGACUUUCAGUCCGGUUGUUAAACCAGCCACUAUUCGUAUUGUCCUUAGCAUUGCCCUCUCCAAAUCUUGGUCCAUCCAUCAAUUGGAUGUCAAGAACGCUUUUCUACAUGGCUAUCUCAAUGAAACAGUCUAUAUGCAUCAGCCCCUGGGUUUUCGUGACAAGAGUCGUCCUGACCAUGUGUGUCUACUGAAGAAAUCCCUUUACGGCCUAAAACAGGCUCUGAGGGCGUGGUAUCAGCGUUUUGCUGAUUUUGUAUUCACUAUUGGUUUUUCUCAUGCUAAAUCUGAUCAUUCCUUAUUCAUUUAUAAACAGGGUACAAACAUGGCUUAUAUUCUUUUAUACGUUGAUGAUAUUAUUCUUACAACAUCUUCUGAUCAUCUACGGAAGCAUUUUUUGACUCUCUUGGGCAGUGAGUUUGCUAUGAAAGAUCUUGGUCCUUUGAGCUAUUUUUUGGGCAUUGGUGUCACAAGCACUCCUCACGGUAUGUUAUCAUCUCAAACACAGUGCCACCGAAAUUCUGGAACGAGUAGGCAUGUCUAAUUGUAGCUCCUGUCACACACCUGUUGACACUAAACCAAAGCUCAGUGCCUCUGAAGACACUCCUUAUGAGGACCCAACCAAGUAUCGGAGUCUGGCCGGUGCUCUACAGUAUUUUACUUUUACUAGACCAGCCAUUUCUUAUGCCGUCAACAAGUUUGUCUCCACAUGCAUGAUCCUCGGGAUGAACAUAUGAAUGCUCUUAAGCGCAUUUUACGCUAUCUACAGGGUACUCUAUCACUCGGACUACACCUCUAUAAAUCUUCCCUCACAAAGUUAAUUUCUUAUACUGAUGCUGAUUGGGGAGGAUGCCCGAAUACCAGGCGAUCUACUUCUGGUUAUUGUGUAUUUUUUGGUGACAAUUUGGUCUCUUGGUCAUCCAAGCGACAACCAACCUUGUCCCGUUCUAGUGCAGAAGCUGAGUACCGCGGGGUUGCAAAUGUAGUUUCUCACUCAUGUUAGAUUAGAAACUUGUUACUUGAAUUACAUUGUCCCAUCCAGAAAGCUACCCUGGUUUAUUGUGAUAAUGUGAGUGCCAUUUAUCUGUCUGGUAACCCGGUGCAACAUCAACGCACCAAACACAUUGAGAUGGACAUUCAUUUUGUUCGUGAAAAAGUCACCAAGGGUGAAGUACGUGUUCUUCAUGUUCCCUCCCGUGAUUGCGGACAUUUUUACAAAGGGACUACCGCGUAUAUUAUUUGAUGAUUUCCGUGACAGUCUUGGCAUUUGUUAUAUUUGUUAAGUGUAUAUUUAGCCUCAUCAUUAGCCUAAUGUUUAACCCUUCAUUGUAGCUAAUCAGUAUUGUAUUCAUAGCCUAACUUUACGUUUGUAACAGCUGUACUCUUGUAUAUAAAUAAGCCUUUGAGCUUAAUGACAUACAAAGGCAAUUAUAUUCUUUCAAUUGCUAA